AUGUUGGAGGCCUUUGGUGUUUCAAUUUCUUAUUCGAAAUCCAUUGUGUCUCGGUCUGGUGCCGGGGAGUUUGCUAAGCGGUUCAGGGUGAAGUCCAUGACAAAGGACCUCUCCCCUGUGUCUGUAAAGUUUCUCCUUAACUGGUUUCAUCCUUAUGGUCUGAUGGGCCUGGCAGAUAAGUAUAAUUUGCCUUUUAAAGUUGCCUGUCGCAUAGGUGGAAUUGGUUACAAGGGUUUAUCAACUCUUGGUUGGCGUGCACAACGCUUAUUCCUCAUGUACGAGCGACGUAGACUUCUAUUUGACCUUUGGUUGGGUGGGGGUCAACCCCUAAACCCUUACCAUUAUGGGAUUCUGGUCGAAAGUCUGAGAUCGGAGCCUCUGCAGCAGUUAGUACCUAUUCCAAUUGAGGCUUUUGCCCGAGAGGAAGAAUAUGAGCUCUGCGAGUAUACCAUGGUGCGUGAGUGGCUCACGUUAUUGCGCUGGAAGUGCGAGAAAGUUGCUACAGGUGACGUCAGGUUGGAGGAGUUCUUCGAUGCUCCGGUAGUGGAGACGAAGUGGUAUGCCACGAAUUCGGAGCCAGAAUUGGUCCGGUUCGGGAAACUAUGGAAGCUCUAUGAAAGGGCUUGA